GGAGGAGAGGAAGCUAGGUCGGAGCAACGGCCCACGGAGUAGUGAUACCAUCAUCAACCAGCGAUGACGGAGCCAAGGCGAUUAAGAGGGCACAAAGACACCGCCACGUGUUGCGUAGCCUCACGCGACCGUCCUGGCAUCGUAGUCACCUCCGGCGAGGAUGGUCGUGUGUGUUGGUUCGAUAUGCGAUGCAAAGAGGUUCAGUUUGUUAUGGAGGUCGGGGAGCAACCAAUUUCAUCAUUGUCCUUCAAGCCAGGAAAUGAAGAUAUCCUCUACGUUUCCUCUGGGAAUGAAGUCAAGUGUUUGGAUGUGCUCAUGGCUAAUGACUGGAAGCCAUUGAAGUCUUACAACUACAACAAGGAUGAGAUAAAUCAGAUUGCUUGCAACUCGAGGGCUGCUUUCCUUGCUUCUACAGAUGAUGCCGGUGAUGUUAAGAUUAUUGACAUUCACCAGCAUUGCCUAUACAAAACAUUGAGGGCUGGCCAUUCAAGUAUCUGUAGCAGUGUGCAGUUUAUUCCUUGGAGAUCAUGGGAAGUCAUCACUGGAGGUCUGGACUCGAAGCUCAUUAUGUGGGACUUCUCAAAAGGACGCCCAAUCAAAAUUGUUGAUUUUGGCUCUAACAAUAGCAGUAAUGCAACACAAUGUCUCAAUCCUGCUUUUGUUCAUGCGAUAGCGGUUCCAGAUGUUGAUAUGAUUGACAAUGCAGGCAAGAUAUGUGCAGUAGCUAGGGGUGAUGGUGUUGUCGAUGUGAUAGACAUUGAAUUAGAACUUGCUGCUGCUAUUAGGUUGAAAAGUUCGGCGAAGGCUAAGAAAGUGUCUCAAGUAAACUCCAACAAAGAAGCCGAAUCUGGCGCAAGUAGUGAAACAACGGCCAACACGAAUCAAAGCACCAGGCUGCAUCUGGAUUACAUGUUGGGGGGCCAUACUGCCGCAGUAUCAUGUGUUGGGUUCUCAUUAUUUGGGGAUAAGGGGAAGUUCAUCGUUUCAGGAGGGAAUGAUAAGUCAGUGAAGCUGUGGGAUUGCUCUCGACGUGAUACAACUGAGCAGGAUGGUGGCAGCAAUAAUGGCCCGCUACAUCUCAGCAUCAAUUUGAGCAAAAAGGUGGGGGGUUUUCAUUUCUGCACUUGACGUAUGCACAUAACUAUCCAUUUUUUUAUUUUUCCCUUUGUGACUUGUGUAUUUGGCUAUUCAUUUCCUGAGCUGCUGCUUAUUUGACAGGUCAAUUGGCUAUGUACAACUCCUACUGAAUCAGAGAACCUUGUCAUCUGUGACACAACGAAAGUAGUGAAGGUCUAUUCCGUUACAUGAAUCCACAUUUUGGAGUAUGGCUGCAUACGGAUGAAGUCCUGCACCCAGUGGGAAAACAGCUUUAACCCAUAGAAGAUCAGAGACAGAAGUGUCCAUGAAAGUGCAGUGGUUGAAGCAGGAUGCAUCUAUUUGAUACUCCUUCUGGGAUUUUCAAUUUUCCAUCUGAACAGUGUUCGUUGCAGAGUAGCACCAGUAGUUAUCUUCCUCUUACUCCUUUGCUGAUCCUGAUAACUUUUUGGACUCUGUCUCAGCUGUCUAGGACACUGUAAUUUGAGCUGAAUUAAGGUUUUGAUUAGAUUGAGAAAGGGAAAGAAAGAGCCUUCAGUGAUUCAUUCCUGCAUUUGAUAGCGAGUUACUGCCCAUUAUCGCAUCUGAAGAUGGUUCUUGAUCGUAAUGGAACCGUGGAAGGCAUCUCAUCCUGUUCUCCAAGCAAGCUCUCGACUUUCUUCCAGACCCUGAUUUGGGUAUUGUCAAGUCCCGGCUUACGUGAUUCAGCCCAUCUUAUAUAUGGACACUUGAACAUUGGCCGAGAUAGCGUAACUGCGUAAGUGUACUGUUUCCUUACAGGCACAGGGGACUUGGGAGCAAAGCUUCUUCUGUUGAGUUAGUUAAGGAUGGGGGCUCCUCAACUAAUUGAACUUUCCUUCAACUUCCCGCAUAAAAUUUGAAACCCUCUCUCUGCCUUUUGAGGUGGGAAAAUUAGACCUUGCUUCUUAUCAAUCUCAUCUGUUAUCUGUACAUCUCUCUCUCUCUCUGCACAACCCACGACACCAACACUACACCCUCCACCAACCAUUUCACCUUCCCAUGAAAGCUUCACCAUUACAUCAAUGCAGUCACAGUUCUUUCAUUCUGGGGUUUAAAUAUAAAAACUGGAUCAUGGCAAAACAAACUGAGUAAUUGCUCGCUUGGGUUCUCUUUAGCAAAAAAUAGGGGCAAAAGUAAGAUGAUGGAACCCGGGGCUCCUGUGUGCAACACCUGUGGAGAGGCUGUUGGAUUGAAGCCAAAUGGGGAGCUUUUUGUGGCUUGCCAUGACUGUAACUUCCCAAUGUGCAGAUCUUGUGUUGAGUAUGAGGCAAAGGAAGGCCGGAAAGUAUGCUUGAGAUGUAGCUCCCCUUAUGAUGAGCAUUUACUUGAUGAUGAUGCUGACCAAAAGCCACCUGGUAGUAGUCAACCCACCAUGGCUGCUCAUCUCAGUGAUCCACAGCCUAAGGAUGUUGGGAUUCAUGCUAGGCAUGUCAGCACUGUGUCCACUAUUGACAGUGAAAUGAAUGAUGAAUCUGGGAACCCUAUAUGGAAGAACCGAGUCGAGAGUUGGAAGGAUAAGAAGAACAACAAGAAGAAAAAGGUUGCUAAAAAUAAUAAGACUGAACAAGCACCAGCUGAGAUUCCACACGAGCAGCAGAUGGAAGACAAGCAGCCUGGAGAUGCUUUAAUGCAGCAGCCACUUUCAGAAAUCGUUCCAAUGUCUCGAAACAAGCUGACACCAUACAGAGCUGUGAUCAUAAUGCGAUUGGUCAUUCUUGGCCUUUUCUUCCACUACAGAAUAAUGAAUCCUGUCGACAGUGCUUUUGGCCUUUGGCUAACUUCUGUCAUUUGUGAGAUUUGGUUUGCCUUCUCUUGGGUAUUGGAUCAGUUUCCUAAGUGGUCUCCUAUCAACAGAGUCACAUACCUCGACACCUUAUCUGCAAGGUUUGAAAGGCCGGGUGAACCUUGUGAGCUUGCUCCUGUGGACUUCUUUGUGAGCACAGUCGAUCCAUUGAAAGAACCGCCAUUGAUUACUGCCAACACGGUGCUUUCCAUCCUGGCUUUGGACUACCCAGUGGAGAAGGUCUCCUGUUAUGUAUCUGAUGAUGGUGCUGCCAUGCUGUCGUUCGAAUCUCUAGCUGAAACAUCUGAGUUCGCAAGGAAGUGGGUUCCGUUCUGCAAAAAGUAUGCGAUUGAACCAAGGGCACCUGAGUUUUAUUUUUCGCAGAAGAUUGAUUACUUGAAAGACAAGGUUCAGCCUUCUUUUGUGAAAGAACGUAGAGCUAUGAAGAGGGACUAUGAAGAAUAUAAAAUUAGAGUGAAUGCAAUGGUAGCCAGGGCUCAGAAAACACCUGAAGAAGGUUGGACUAUGCAAGAUGGAACGCCCUGGCCUGGAAAUAACACCAGAGACCACCCUGGAAUGGUUCAGGUCUUCCUUGGAAACACUGGAGCUCGAGACAUGGAUGGCAAUGAGCUCCCUCGUCUGAUUUAUGUUUCUAGAGAGAAAAGACCAGGCUACCAACAUCACAAAAAGGCUGGUGCUGAGAAUGCUCUCGUGAGAGUUUCUGCAGUUCUCACAAAUGCGCCCUACAUCCUCAAUCUUGAUUGUGACCACUAUGUGAACAAUAGCAAGGCAGUUAGGGAGGCAAUGUGCUUCUUAAUGGAUCCACAAGUUGGUCGAGAUGUGUGCUACGUUCAGUUCCCUCAAAGAUUCGAUGGUAUUGACAAGAGUGAUCGAUAUGCCAAUCGCAAUAUUGUCUUCUUCGAUGUAAACAUGAAAGGACUGGAUGGGAUUCAAGGACCGGUUUACGUGGGAACAGGUUGUGUUUUCAAUAGGCAAGCACUUUAUGGAUAUGGACCUCCUUCGAUGCCUACAUUAACGAAGACUUCCUCAUCGUCAUCGUGUUCAUGGUGUGGUUGCUGCUCUUGUUGCUGCCCGUCAAAGAAGAAGGCUGAGUUAGACGCAAGCGAGCUAUAUAAAGAUGCAAAAAGAGAGGAGCUCAAUGCUGCCAUAUUCAAUCUUCAUGAGAUCGACACCUCUUCUCUCCUCCACCCUGCAGACUAUGAUGAGUAUGAGAGAUCAAUGCUGAUGUCCCAGAGGAGCUUUGAGAAAACUUUUGGAUUGUCUUCCGUGUUCAUCGAGUCUACCUUGAUGGAGAAUGGAGGGGUACCCGAAUCAGUUAACUCGUCGACACUCAUCAAGGAAGCCAUUCAUGUCAUCAGCUGCAGCUAUGAGGAAAAGACAGAGUGGGGCAAAGAGAUUGGUUGGAUCUACGGGUCAGUGACGGAGGACAUCCUAACCGGGUUCAAGAUGCACUGCCGCGGAUGGAGAUCAAUCUACUGCAUGCCACCGCGGCCAGCAUUCAAAGGUUCUGCACCAAUCAAUCUUUCGGAUAGGCUUCACCAGGUUCUGAGAUGGGCGCUUGGCUCAGUCGAAAUCUUCUUGAGCAGACAUUGUCCACUCUGGUAUGGCUUUGGAGGCGGCCGCCUCAGGUGGCUACAAAGACUUGCCUACAUCAACACCAUUGUCUACCCUUUCACUUCCCUCCCUCUAAUCGCCUACUGCUUGAUCCCCGCCAUUUGCCUUCUCACUGGCAAAUUCAUCAUCCCAACGCUGUCGAACCUGGCGAGCGUGCUCUUCCUCGGCCUCUUCAUGUCCAUCAUCCUGACCGCGGUUCUGGAGCUGCGAUGGAGCGGGGUGAGCAUCGAGGAUCUAUGGCGCAACGAGCAAUUCUGGGUGAUCGGAGGCGUAUCCGCACAUCUCUUCGCCGUAUUCCAAGGCUUCCUGAAAAUGCUAGCCGGAAUCGACACGAACUUCACGGUCACGACCAAGGCGGCAGAGGACGCCGAGUUUGGAGAGCUCUACAUGGUGAAAUGGACGACGGUUCUCAUCCCUCCGACGACCCUCUUGAUCGUGAACAUAGUCGGGGUGGUGGCAGGGUUCUCCGACGCGUUGAACAAAGGCUACGAAGCUUGGGGGCCAUUGUUCGGGAAAGUGUUCUUCGCGUUCUGGGUUAUACUCCAUUUGUACCCGUUCUUGAAGGGUUUGAUGGGGCGACAGAACAGGACGCCGACGAUUGUGGUGCUCUGGUCGGUGCUUUUGGCGUCUGUGUUCUCGCUGGUUUGGGUGAAGAUCAAUCCUUUUGUUAACAAGGUUGAUAGCAUGGAGAUUGCGGGAACCUGCAUCUCAAUCGACUGCUGAGAGUGAUGAGUCGACCCACCUGUAAUCCUAGUGGGGAAAGGAUUUGCAUCCUUUGAUGUUGAGAGAGAUGUUUUUUUUUAUUAUUAUUAUUUUGAAAGGGAGGGAUUGGGUUGGUGAAGAGUCAGAUUGGAGCACAUGGAUUGGUGCUUGUUAGGGUGUUGCUGUAAAGAAGAAAUCGAAUGGUUGUGUGUUUGUAUCAUAGUAAUGCAUAAUUCAAAAGACAGAAGAGAUUCUUGCUUUGUUGAAUAUAAAUUUUUUCACGGUAUUAAAAUGUGUAUUAGUCUGAAAUAUAAGUAUUAUCCAGCUGGUUUUGUUUCUAAAGAUAAUGAGUUC